AUGGGGAAGCGGGGCGGCUGCAACGCGCUCGCUGCAGCGGGCACGGCGGCGGCGGUAGCAGCUGGAUGGGGCCCCUGCCUCCCGCAGCCUUCGCCGCUGCCGCCGCUGGCCCCCGGCGGCCACGCUCCGGGGUCCGGUCCCGGGGCGGCACGGGGCUUCGUGAGCUCUCUGGGCGCCGGCCGGGCGUCGGGGGAGCAGCUACAGCCGCCCCGGUCUGCGCCUUUCGCCUCCUGUGCUUCGCCGCAGCUGCCCGACGGGCCCGGGGACGGCGGGCAGGAGGAGUUGGAGGAGGACGAUGCCUUUUCCAGCGUGCAGGUGCCGACGGCCGCCUUCUUGGCCUCCGGGACCCCCGGGAGUGGGAGCGGCAGUCGAGGUCGCCUCAACUCGUUCACUCAGGGAAUCCUGCCCAUCGCCUUCUCCAGGCAGACCUCGCAGAACUACUGCUCUCUGGAGCAGCCGGGCCAGGGGGCCAGCACCAGCGCCUUGGAACAGCUGCAGAGGUCCCGACGUCGCCUCAUUUCCCAGAGAUCAUCCUUGGAAACCCUGGAAGAUAUUGAGGAGAAUGCCCCUCUACGGAGAUGUCGAACUCUCUCAGGUUCGCCCAGACCAAAGAACUUUAAGAAGAUUCAUUUUAUCAAGAACAUGCGGCAGCACGAUACCAGGAAUGGCAGAAUAGUCCUUAUCAGUGGCAGAAGAUCCUUCUGUAGUAUAUUUUCAGUGCUGCCCUAUCGUGACAGUGCCCAAGCAGGGGAUUUGAAGUUGGAUGGAGGGAAACAGUCAACAGGUGCCGUGAGCUUGAAAGAGAUCAUUGGCCUUGAAGGCGUGGAGCUGGGAGCUGAUGGGAAGACUGUUUCUUACACCCAGUUUCUGUUACCCACAAAUGCCUUCGGAGCCCGGAGAAAUACCAUAGACUCCACCUCCUCCUUCUCCCAGUUCCGUAACCUGAGCCACCGCAGCCUCUCCAUAGGACGCGCAAGCAGCACCCAGGGGAGCCUCGACACAGGUAGUGACCUAGGAGACUUCACGGACUAUGACCCAAAUCUCCUGGAUGACCCCCAGUGGCCUUGUGGCAAGCACAAGCGAGUUCUGAUCUUUCCUUCAUACAUGACCACCGUCAUUGACUACGUGAAGCCCUCAGAUCUCAAGAAGGACAUGAAUGAGACCUUCAAGGAGAAAUUUCCUCACAUUAAACUAACACUCAGCAAAAUAAGGAGUCUAAAGCGAGAGAUGCGGAAGCUUGCCCAGGAGGACUGCGGCUUUGAGGAGCCCACGGUGGCCAUGGCCUUUGUCUAUUUUGAGAAGCUCGCCCUCAAGGGAAAGCUAAACAAACAGAACCGGAAGCUUUGUGCUGGAGCAUGUGUACUAUUAGCAGCCAAAAUCGGAAGUGACCUCAAAAAACACGAAGUCAAGCAUUUAAUUGACAAACUGGAAGAGAAGUUCCGGCUGAAUAGACGAGAACUGAUUGCCUUUGAAUUCCCAGUGUUAGUGGCCUUGGAGUUUGCUCUUCAUCUGCCGGAGCACGAGGUCAUGCCCCAUUACAGACGCCUGGUGCAGAGCUCCUAG